CAGACUUCACUUGUCACUCAAAUUUAUUUGGUUCAAAGACUACACUCCACAAUGGAACUGGAGAGCAUUCUAGGAUAUCUGGAGAACAAGACCAUCUUAAUUACUGGAGCUACUGGCUUUGUAGGAAAAGUGUUGGUGGAGAAAAUACUAAGAGUUCAACCAAACGUGAAAAAGCUGUAUCUUCUUUUAAGAGCUUCCGAUGCCAAAUGUGCCACACAUCGCAUGCAUAAUGAGAUCACAGGAAAAGAGUUGUUCAGGAUUUUAAGGGAGAAAUGGGGCACAAGUUUUGAUUCCUUCAUAUCAGAAAAGAUUGUUGCUCUCUCAGGAGACGCAACUUUUAAAGACCUGGGAGUGAAGGAAUUCAAAAUAAGAGAAGAAAUGUGCAACGCAGUACAAAUUAUAAUUAAUUCUGCAGCUAGCACCAAGUGGGAUGAAAGGUAUGACGUUGCACUGGAAGUGAAUACAUUUGGAGUUUUGAAUGUGUUAGACUUUGCAAAGAAAUGCUUAAAUCUGGAGAUGGUUGUUCACGUGUCAACAGCUUAUGUGUCUGGUGAUAGAUCGGGGCUGAUACUAGAGGAGUACUCAUCUUCAAUGGAUGAGAUCGCAAGACAAACUACUCAUGAUGUUGACUUGAAAGAACAUGAAAAGAAGAUGGUGGAGCGCAAAUUAAAAGAACUACAAGCACAGCACGCUUCUGAAGAAGUUAUUACAAAUACAAUGAAGGACUUUGGCACUGCAAGGGCUAAGUUGUAUGGAUGGCCAUAUACCUAUCUGUUUACAAAGGUAAUGGGAGAAAUGUAUCUAAGACGCUUGAGAGGUAACCUAUCUCUUGCUAUUAUACGUCCAACUCUGAUUACCAGCACUUACAAGGAGCCAUUUCCAGGCUGGAUUGAAGGUUUCAGAUCUUAUGAUAGCCUAAUUGGUAGUUAUUGGAAAGGGAAGCUCACAUGUGUACCUGUCGAUCCUAUGUCAGUGACAGAUAUGAUUCCGGUUGACAUGGUGGUAAAUUCAAUUAUUACAGCGAUGGUAGUGAAUGCGAAUAAAUCUCGUGAAAUUAUUUACCAUGUUGGAACCUCAUUACGAAAUCCCCUUAAAUUCUCUGAUUUUCACAAAUUUAUGUUCCGAUACUGCACAAAAAAUCCAUGGCUUUACGAUGAUGGAAGGCUUAUCAAGGUUGGCAAGUUAAAAAUGGUGAGGACCAUGACCGCUUUUCGCUUGUACAUGCAACCAUUGCAGGGAUUAAAGUUUUUGAAUAAAGAAUUUGACCAAUAUUUCCGAGAUGUAUACAUUAACUAUGACCGGAAUGUCAAAUCGGUGAUACGGAUGAUUGAGUACUAUAUACCACUUUUGCUAUUCCAGGGGAUCUUUGACGACACCAAUUCAGAAGAAUUGCGAAGGAUAGCAAGCGAGAACUACAUUGAUGCAGAAAAUUUUAAUUUCAACCCAAAAUGCAUUGACUGGGAAGACUAUUAUAUCCAUGCUCACAUUCCUGGCCUUGCAAAGCAUGUUAUUUUCAAACACAACCAAAGUCGGCUUUGA